AUGGAUAACAAACAGAGUUCACCUUCUCUAGGCCCAGACAGGAAAUCGAUCGAGAAGGUCGCGGACGUUCAAGUCCUUGAGCAAGUACCAACCACCAAUGAGGAAAUAUGGAUCCAGCAGUAUGAUCUCCUCGUUAGCAAGUCGAAAGAGGAGCUCGAUGCCCUCAACAAGAAGGUCGUCAAGAAGCUAGAUUGGCGAUUCUUGACUACAAUCACGGCCAUGUUGUUGAUGAACUACCUUGACCGCAUCAACGUUUCCAACGCUCGUCUCGCUGGUUUCCAGGAAGAUGGCCACAUGACCGAUGUCCAAUGGUCCGCUGGUAUCUCGCUCUUCUACGUCGGCUACAUCAUCUCUCAGGUGCCUGCCAACGUCAUCAUCGCCAAAGGCCAGCCACGUUUCCUGCUCCCAGCCGUUAUGCUCGGCUGGUCUGCCGUCACUAUCUCGAUGCCCGCCAUUAAGUCUCCAGCUGGAUUCAUGAUCUGCCGUUUCCUUGUCGGUCUUACAGAAGGCCCAUUCGUUCCUGGCGUCGCACUUCUGACGUCCUCCUGGUACACCAAGCAAGAGUCACCCCUGCGCAUGGGCAUCUGGCACGCUGGCAACAUCGUUUCGAACAUCAUCUCAGGCUUCCUCGCUGCCGGUAUUCUCGAGCAUAUGGACGGGAUUGCUGGUCUGCACUCAUGGCAAUGGUUCUUCCUGAUUGAAGGAAUGCUUUCCAUCACGGUCGCCGUCAUUGGCUUCUGGGGUCUACCUAACUGGCCAGACAACACUGGCGAAUAUUUCUUCACUGCAGAAGAAAGUCAGAUGGCCCAAUUCAGAAUGAAGGUCUCUGCUGGUGGUCACACUGAGGACGACCAAGGUGGGUACUGGGAGGGCUUCAUGAUGGCAAUGAGAGAUCCUUUCACGUGGAUGUUCGCCUCCCUCCACUUCGCUCUUGUCCUCUCGCAAGCCUUCAAGGACUUCUUUCCCAGUGUCGUCGCCACACUUGGAUUCACCAAGAUGCAGACAUAUCUCGUUCAAGCACCACCAUACGUUAUCGCCUACGCUGUCUGUUUGGCGGUCUCUUGGUCUUCGGGUCGAUUCGGUGAGGCCUGCUGGCAUAUUGUCUCCUGCAUGGCUGUCUGCAUGGCCGGAGCAGUAUUGAUGAUUUCGACACUGAAUGUUGGCGCACGAUAUUUCGGUCUAAUCCUGCUUGUCAGCGGUCCAUUCCUGGGUCUUAACCUCCAGCUCUCUUGGGAAACUACAGUCGUUCCUCGACCGCGUACAAAGCGUGCGGCCCUCGUCGCCUUCGCCAACUGUGUCUCCUCUAUUUCCCACUGGUUCUCGCCAUAUUUCUUCUUGCGUCACCAAGAGCCUCGUUACGUCAUGGGCGGUGGUCUUUUGAUCCUUGGUUGCGCACUGUCUAUUGCUGCCUGUCUCGUGAUAAGAUGGUAUGCUAUCAAGAAGAACAAGGCACUUGAGAAGGAGGAGGAGAGAACUGGUGUUAUCAACCAUUUCAGAUUCCAGACCUAA